UUUCAAUAAUAAUAAUAAUAAAAUAUCUCAGUCUUAUAUUUUGAUGAAAUAUAUUUUGAUGAAAUAUACAAAGAUGGAAGAGAGCAGUUUAUUUACGCGGAAUUCAGGAUACAUAUUCAUUUAUUUACCACUCGUGAGAACUAUUGAUAUGGCUCGCAUCACAGGAUACAGCAAGACGUUCCGGGUAAAUAUCAAAUAAACAAGCGGGUGUGGUUUAUUCUCUUGUUGGUCCAGAACCGGGUCAAGAUCACGCGGUGCGCCAAGAUGUAUGGCGAUCGCCGGAAAAAAUAUUUCGCGGCCGACCGUGAAUUAAACGGCAGCCUGAUAUCGUGGAUUGCGUAAUCAAUUUCAAGUGGCUGCUUGAGCGCGAUAUCUAGGAAUAUCGGAGCACUUGAACGUCGAUACCCGGAUGCAGUCGAGAUUCUUGGAAUAUAUUUUUCUAUUUUUUUUCUAGAUUUCUUUUUAAAUCCCCCUAAGUGGCAAAAUAUGUCGCAAUUAAUUGAGAUUGAAAACACGAUCUUUGUUUGCCUUUCGAAUAAGUUAAAAGUUAUCUGCUUGCGCUUAUUUUUAAAUAGAUACUGUUUUGCGACUGUUAUUAUUAUUAUCAAUUAUAAUCUUAUCUCAUCUCUGGAGAUAAUAAGAAUUUGUAUUAAUAUGUGAUGAUAGGACACGUGUCAGAUUGUUGUCUAUAAAUAUUGCAAAUAUGUUUAUUUCAGCAAUAUUUAUUUAUCUGUUUUACUGUCAAUCUGAAAUUAAAGAGAGAGAGAGAGAGAGAGAGAGAGAGAAUGUCUCUUCAAAUUUGUAGCGUCAAAAGUAUUAUGUUGUAAAGAUAUCGUAAAUGAUGCAAUCUCAUUUGCGCUUUUUCUCCUUUUAGAAAUCAGUGUAUCUCGCACAACAAUGAAUUCAACGAAAUUAUCAAUAUAUCUUGUUACUGGUUGAUCACUGGUUAUUAUCUCUUACCUCGUUUUAUCAUUCUUAGAUGGACUACUAUCAAACUGAUUGACUCGAUUACAGAUUACGUCGUUAAGCUGGAUUUAUUACGUGAAUUUAAGACCCUAGGUACAAGUUUGAGAUUGUCUAAAAAAGAGAUGAUAAUCAAAUUAAAUGUGACGAGAAAUAAUCGCGCUAGAAAUAUUAAAAAAAAGGUUUUAAAUUUGUUGACAGUUAUAUGAUCAGAAAAUCAUUUGGAUCAUUAAUUGUUCGCUUUAUGUGCUCAACCAUAAAAAUAGAUGAUAUCUUAAAAUAAUGUUUGAUUUUAAACUUAAUUUAUUUAAAUUGUUGCUUUCAUAGAUGUUUACCAUCCUAACAUAUACUCUUCAUUUUAACCAUAGAAAAUCAGUUUUGCAAAACAGAAUUUUUUUACGUCGUCUACUAUUUUUCUAGAGGCACAAUAUUUGAAAGUUUAUGUUUAUGUAUAUCGGUCAUGUAUCGCUAAAAAGGCUGUAUCUAAACUUAAAGGUUGUUAUUCACGACCUUUGCGAAAAAGAGAUACAUUCUAAAAUAAGCGUCUUCGUCGUUAAAAACGUGGGAUAUAUGUUAAUGUUUCCAACGCUUCCAUACACUCACCCCGGACCCGCGAGAAAGAAAAUAUUAAGAUACGCUUGUAAAACUUGGGCGCGACGCUUUCUGACGUUUUUAUGAAAUUUUUAAAAGAUAGCCGUCUGGGACGCGGAUCAAAGGGUCCCUAUAAACGAGCGGCCGUGAUCGCGUACAGGUUUCUUCUUCCCCGUCGCGUCGUCGUUCCCAAGAGACGGGAGAAUCAGGAUCGGGUCUAUCCCCGGGUCUCGCGUGCGUAUCCUCUCGUACACACGCGUUCGUCGUGACUCCGGGGUGGGGGAUGCGCCGCGAAAGAGAGAGAGACAGCCGAGAGAGUAUGACAGGCGGGCACACAACGCGCGGGUACGCCGUAUAAAUACAAGCGGUCGCGUUCGCUCGCGCUUAGUUGCUGCGAUACUCGAUUCACGUGACGGACGGUCGAUCGAGCGCGCCUCGAUCCUCGCAAACGCUCGCAAGCCUUCUCCGACGAGCUCUCCCGUGUAUACCGUACAGGCCUUCGACUGUCUAUUGCGUGCGUGCGUGCGUGCGUGCGUGCUGUUCGACAACGAGAACGCGAAUUGAGGGGGGAGGGGAGGGGGAGAAAGAACGGCUCUCUUCGCUCGCCCCUUCGUCGCGAUGUUUUAACCGCGCGUGUGUGCUUGAUGAGAAGCGGAGUACCGGGAGAAAGGGGAUAUAAUUAUAUAAUCGAGAGGAUACAAAGAGAGAGAAGAGGGAGGGGGGUAAAGAGAUAUUCGAUAGGAAACAAUCUUUCGUGACAUCUCGUGUUCCUAUCCCCCGGAAGGAUCGUCGUAUUUUUGCCUGGCCGAGCGUAAUGUUGCGAAACAACAGCAAAGAGGUCCGACCCCUGCCGCCUGCGGCGGGCGAGGGCUGAUAUCAAGCUGACCAUCGACGAUCUUUCUGGUGGAGAAGGCACCAGCGACUUCGCAGAAGAGAGCGAGCGGGCUGUUCGGGUACGGCUAUUCUAUCCUCGUCCGAUCUUCGACGGCCUUGCGGCUGCGUAAGACGUUAACCCGGCGUUUAGCGGUAUCAGCGACGACGCGAACGUGCGGUCUUUCGCAACGGCGGUUCUCCUCUCGGUGUGUACAGCCAGUAAAUACUUAAUCUGAAACGCGAAGUGACCCCCGGUGACCUCGAUAUACGAGAUACCAAACGCUCGGACGCUUUCUGCGAUGCGCAAUACCGUGCGUCUGUGAACCGCUCGUGGACCAUUCCGGUUAGCAUGGAAACAGCCAAGAUGUACAUCAGCGAGCCGCAGAACGGCCACACGGCCACCAAGUACGCGUCGACCAACUCCAUCCCGGCGACGAUGCUGGAGCAGGAGUCGUCGCUGGCGAGGAUCUUCGGUAUCGGGAGGCAGCGCGAGAACGCGGCGAUCCUGCGCGACAACAAGACCCGCCGGCACAGCGUUCUGGAGGAUCUCAAGGCCCGGCGGGACAGCCUCUUCCAGAGGGCCCGUAGGGCCAGCGUGUUCGAGGAGAAGGAGAACACCGCCAAGGACAGUACCAAGGACAACGCGAAGAACGACAUUAAGGACGACAAUGCGAGGGAGAAACCGAAGGACAAGAGGAGGAGCAGCGAGAGCAACGGGGGGGGCGGUAGGAGGGGCUCGGUGUUCUACGUGUCCGAGGACCUGCUGGAGGAGAAUCAGGAGGUGCUCGAGAACGAGGACCGUGACCGCGUGACCCAGGAGGCAAAGAAGGGACGCCGAAAGUCCUGGCAUCCGCUCGUUAAACCGCCCAAGCUAGAUCGCAAGAGGCGGAAGGGCGUGUCCGGCGUCCCCUCGCAGACCGGCAGUACGGAAGGGCUCUUCUCGCAGAGCUACCCGCGACAGAAGAGGCCGUCCUGGUGGAACAUUUUCGUCCCGGACUCGGUCACCAGGUAUUUCACCUUGCGAUUGUUUUAUCACCCGGCUGCGCUGCCCGCGCGAACGCUGAACACCCGUUGUUUUCGUGAAUGAUCACGUACCCGUUGCGACAAUCUCCGAGUAAGUCGUACAGUGAAAACUUGCUCUUAAACGAUUAAUUGGGGGGUAAGCGAAAGUGAGGCGUAUAAGUCUUAUAAGAAAAAACGGAACACAGCAAACUGAAUGAACCAUGUAACGAAAUUAAGUGCCAUGAAUAUAUUAUGUACUUUCGAUACGAACCUUUUCGGUGAUAUCGUGCACCGACUAAGAAGGCGAAAGAAUUCACGACGCGAUAAGGAAUAUAAAUUUCGGCGUAAUUCGUUUUAUAUUUUAUGCCGCUUAAUUAUUUGGUAAAUAAAUUUCACCGUUAAUCUUUUCGAACGAUUCGGCCGUACGUCGAUUGCAAUUAAUAAUCAUUAAGCGGUCGUUGAGGGGUUGUAAAAAUGUGUCUCGCACCGCUCGAGAAAACUUACUCGCGGCGAAAAACGAGUAAGUAAUACUUUAAAGGACCAUAAUGUUACCGGUACAUGCCAUAAUCCCAAAUAUUAAUGCUCGACUCGCGCGGUAACUUUCACAAUGAUAUAUUCGUAUGCGUUUCUGGCUGACCUCCAAUGUACAGGCGAGAAUAACGAUUAAGAUAAGCGAUAUACAAUCUGAGUGCUUAAUUAAUUCUCAGUAAUUUCCAAUAAUUCGAGAAAAAUUACACCUUUCUCGAUUUUGACAGACUUUUAUGUCACGUAAUUUCAACUUUUGCAAUAUCAUAAUCAAUUUGUAUCACCGUAUAAUUUUAGAUGCUGUAACGUGCAGUUAAUUGAAUAAUUUUAAAUCACUAUUGCAUGGAUGUAAAAAUUUGUUGCGAAAUUACACAGACAAUUGUUCGUCUUAGAUUAUCGUUUUAAUCUUUUAUUUUUAUGCAAUUGAUACACAUGAACACUCGACUCGUAAAUUUAAUUUUGAGUAAAAAGUCGCGAAUAAACGCGUGCCGUUUAGAUAAAUAUUUUGAGAUGUCAUCGGCGUUGAAGUUUAUAAUCUGGGCUUGCGGAAAUCUUUUGUCGUGUUCAUCAGAGAACAUUAUCGUUUUAGAUAACGUUUCUUUGCAAAUUCUUUAUAGUAUUUUUUGCGAAAAUAUAAGUCGAUAAUAAAAAGCAUAUAUAACAGAUGCAAUUAUUAAUGCGGAAGCAUUAAUAAAAAGAAUAUUAGGAAGACAAAGAGUUACGAAAUCCUUUUUAGCUCACAGAGCUUGAAUCUUACCAAAACUUUAUUUAAGAUAUUUAAGAACAAAUAUUUAAACGCGGUCUGUUUUCCGUAAAGCACAGUCCUUUUGACAGAUGAGACUGGACAAAGAACUUGUUUCUUCUUCGUUUUAGUGUGAAAAAUAUUGUCGGUGAAAACAACGGACAUUUCGAAUGGGAAAACAUGACAGGGAAAUUAAAUGCGGAACAAAAAUAAAUAAGAUUAUCGAAGAGUUCAAGAUUAAAUUCUGGCGUCAUCUUGUUUUCACAGUUUUCCAGCUGGAAGUAAUGUGACAUUUUUAUUUCGAGGAAAAUAGAAUUUUCGAUACUUUAAUAUUUUCCCGAACAAUGUCUCCGGGAACAUUUUAUGAAAGUCCCGCGUUGCAUUGCAAUCUCGCGAUUUCUCUACGAAAGACUUACCCGCGGAAGUCACCGCGAAAAAUCAGCGUUGCCCCUUUACAAUUUACCAUAAAAUCUAUCCCAGCUGGCUGAACCGGACGAUCAUUCCGAUGAACGUGCUUAGUGAAUAAUCUGUAGAAAGUUUCAACUUUAAUUAUAUUACAUAAUUCACAUGCGCGAUUGAUUUCCUGAGUCGCGGAUCUAGAGAAAUAGAUAUUAUCUGGAAGGAUACAUUUCCUUUUAUUCAUUAGAAUUCGAACUAUUUGCAGAAUUUCGUUUGUGACGAAAUUUUAGAGAGAAAAAUUUUAAUAAAAAAAAAAA